AUGUGUUACUGUUUAUACCCAAGAGUUUUUAAGUAUCACCUGUCUGUCACCUGUGUGGAGCCAGACCCCACCCCUCCUCUGGCCCCCCCCAGACCGGACCCAGGCCGAGAUCCUGGUCUAGACACGAGUUCAGACCAAAGCGCAGACCCCGGUCCAGACCCCGGUCCAGAUCCCGGUCCAGAUCCCGGUCCAGACCCGGACCUGCCGAGCCCCACGGACCUGCGCUUCUCCGAACUCGAGUCCCGGAGCGUCCGGCUGCACUGGACCCGCCCCCGACCUCACGCCAACGCCAACGUGCAGCAGUACAGAGUCGUGUAUCACAGCGCAGAGAGUCAGAACCCACAAGAGGUGGUGGUACCAGGCUCCUCCUCCUCCGUCCUCCUGCAGAACCUGUCGUCUCAGACUCUGUACCACGUCUCCAUUUUCCCCGUUUACGAGCGCGACGUGGGGCUGGCGCUGAGAGGAACCGUCACCACACCGUCCCUGCAGACUCCCUCGUCCCUCGUCGUUUCGUCCCUCGUCUUCAUCUCUGUCUCUGUGUCUUGCAGCGUCCCUGCAGACUCCCUCGUCCCUCGUCGUCUCGUCUUCGUCCUUUGA